AUGCUUACUAAAGAUCAAUGGUUCUGUGAUAGCUGCGUGGCGAAAAUGAAAGCUCAUGUAGGUGUUAGCAGUGACACCGACAAAACGAAAUCAACUAACAAUGUUGUACUACCGAAACCAGCGAAUCUGAAUGUUAAAAACACUGAAACGGCAACUGGAACGAGCAUCGCAAAUCCAGUUAGUACCAACAUCGCAACGACUGCAACUCCAAUUCCAACUGCUGGAACCAGCAUCGCAAAUCCCAUUAGUACUAACGUCGCAUCGACUACAAUUCCAACGUCAAUCGCUGGAACCAAUAUCGCUAAUCCGAUAAGUGCUAACAUCGCAUCGUCGCCAACGACAUUACCCGGAAUUAACGUUGAGCUACUGCCUACACAAAUCGCAUAUCCAAAUUUGGACCAAUCCGGUGCUUCGAAUCCAGCUGAUGCUCACAUUAUCAAGCCUGGACAUAAACAUUCGAAAACUAAGUCGAUAAAAUCAACUACUUCAUUGUCGAAGAUGAGAAAUCUUGCAAUUCAACGAUUGGAGGAAGAGCUGAAGCUUACUCGUGAGAGAGAAAAAGAUGAGAUAAGGCUCAGACGUGAGCGAGAUAAGGAAGAUAGAGAGAGGCGAGAAAAGCAAGAAACGGAAUAUCUCGAUAAAAAGUACUCUCUCCUUGCCCUCGAGUCCCGCUCUCUCCUUGAUCUCGAGUCCGAUGAUUCGCUUAGUUACGAUGGAUUUGACGAAUCAUUUAAGCCCGGACAAGUAGAUCCUGGAGAAUGGAAUGUUAUACGAGAAGCUGAAAUAGAGCAAUGGGUACGUCAAGCUAAAAUUCAAAAUCCAGUCAACGGCAAAGCACCAAUCACUCAGACCGUUCUGCCGCCUAGUAAUACGACGUCCGAUUCAUUGUUCGUACCACCGCAGCAAGCUGGAAUUCAAUCAACAACAAAACAAUCUAAAGUACAUUCGUCAACGGUACAGGGGAUUUCGCCGAACACAUCACAACAGCAAAAUGUUGUGCCAACAACACAUUCGAACCCUGGAGUUAAUCAAUUGAUACCGUCAAGCAAUCAGAUAUUAGCUGGACAGCAAACGUCACAGAUCAAUAUCAACCACUUGCCGCCAACGAUAGAUCCUCCUAUCAAUCCACGUAGUAAUAUGAUCAAUUCAACGCUUAACGUUCCGGCAUCUGCAGCUGUGACUGCUAGUGGCAACAUAAAUCAAGCAAAUACUACAGCUGCUCCAACGCUAAAUACAUCGCACCCACAACAUAUUCCGUCCAACCUUCAACCACCAUCAAUUGGACAAAUACCGAAUCAAUCAAUUGGACAGAUACCGAAUCAAAGUUAUCAACAAACGAUGACUCAUCAGCUGUAUCACCAACCGAUAAGCUCAGUUACAAGGUCAUUAUUCGGGUAUCCAAAUCCGAUUCCGAAUUAUCAGCUGCACCAGCAACCACCAGGUUCCAUUCCAAUGUCGUCAUUUGGUUAUCAAAAUCCGAUUUCAACUCUUUAG